AUGUGGGUAGAGUCACAUUGGAGAGGCAUCCGCCAAGCUUUGUUGUUUGUCUUCACCGCCGCACUUCUCAUUGGGGUCACCAUGCUGGCUGUCUCCUCUAACAUCAACCCAGUGGGAUUCUUCUUCCUGGGGGUGGGGGGCGUGUGCCUGAUUGGCUACCUGCUGAGUGUAUUUGUGGAAUGCUUCCUGAAGCAUCGGCACCCACAGGAUACAAAUCAGGCAGCCACAAGGAGACAGAGCCAGGCAGGGGUGAAUGCUGCCUACGAAGCACCAGCCUAUGAGGAGGUGGUGACAAUGACACCAGCCCCAACAGUCUGGACGAUCACCUCCAAUUCAGGCACAGUGCCCUCAACAGUGGGGGAGCCCCCACCAUACAGUGUGGUCAUUGAGCCGCCCAGUAUGGCAGAAACUGGGGCAGAGACCUUCAGCGUCUCAGUGGCAUCAGGCAUCAGGCGUGCCUCUGAGGCAGAUGCAGGCUCCAGGCUGCACCUUAGGUUGGUGCUGCCCCCCAGGAUGCAGCGCUUUGUCUCAGAUAUCCAUGACGUCAAAGGUGCUGAAGAGAGGCUGGAGCGGCUGGAGCCACUCACUCCACCACCUGCUUAUGAGAGUCCCACUGAUGAUGAUGUCUUUGCAGAAGCUUUCCAACCCUCAAGACAAUGA